UGUGUGUGUGUGAGUGCGUGUGUGAGUGCGUGUGUGUGUGAGUGUCUGUGUGUGUGAGUGAGUGAGCGGGCGGGCGGGCGCGAGUGUGGCCGCCGCGGAGCGCGAGCAGGACCCGGCGGGCGCGCUCCCCAGCCUCUCUGUCCCCGCCAGAACCAUGUCGGGCAGGUCGGUUCGAGCCGAGACCAGGAGCCGGGCCAAAGAUGAUAUCAAGAGGGUCAUGGCGGCUAUCGAGAAAGUGCGCAAAUGGGAGAAGAAGUGGGUGACCGUUGGUGACACGUCCCUGCGAAUCUACAAGUGGGUCCCUGUGACAGAGCCAAAGGUUGACGAUAAAAACAAGAAUAAGAAAAAAGGCAAAGAUGAGAAGUGCGGCUCGGAGGUGACCACUCCGGAGAACAGCUCCUCCCCGGGGAUGAUGGACAUGCAUGACGACAACAGCAACCAAAGCUCCAUAGCCGACGCCUCCCCCAUCAAGCAGGAGAACAGCAGCAACUCGAGCCCUGCUCCGGAGCCCGCCGCAGCUGUGCCGGGCGAUGGCACCGAAGCCAAGGCGGACGAGGCCCAGGCCGACGGGAAGGGGCACCCCGGGGCCGAAGAAGCUUCUGACGAGCAGAAUUCACAGUCUUCGAUGGAACACUCGAUGAACAGUUCAGAGAAAGUGGAACGGCAGCCAUCUGGGGACUCGGGGCUGGCCGCGGAGACGUCAGCAAUCUCUCAGGAUUUGGAAGGUGUGCCGCCCUCUAAAAAGAUGAAACUGGAGGCCUCUCAACAAAACUCCGAAGAGAUGUAGACAAUAAGCAAAACCCUCCGGUCCAUGUUUCAUGGAAGGUACAUCAGCAAUUAAUUCUAGAACAACUUUGCCCGAGCGACUCCUCUUGGGUGCGAACAGAACUACUAACGUUUCAAGUUUACCAAGUGCAAAUCCAAGAAAACCUAGAACGGCGUAACUUCUCAGACACUGAAGAACUCUGCUGUGAGGCGAAACACUCGAACCUUUAAGCGGCUGUCCUUGGGGAGGCGGGCCGGCAGCCGGGAGCGUCUGCACACUGUCUCGGAAGCCGAGGUUGCGUUUGUGUUGCUGCUGUGUUUUUUUUCCACUUCUCUAUUUAACGAUAUAAGCUAUUUGAGGGUGGUACCGAUCAGGAAUUCGCUUUUCGUCGGGGCUUUUCACACUGUUCAACCGAUUCCUUCUGCUUUCUGUUUUUGUGCCUUGUGCCCUUGAGGUGACCUCUGGCAUGUUUCCUGGUUGUUUUGCAUCUUCCUUUGCAAAGUGCCGUCUUGGUUCGUUGGGGCGGCAGCUGCCACCGCGCUCACCUCUCUCCUCCGUGCCCCAGGACUUUAUCAGGGCAGGCCGGGCGGGGCAGGGGGCUCCUCGGCGCCCACCUGGUUUGCAGGUGCAGGGAGCUCCGGCCCCUCUUGAGCCCUGGGUGGGGUCCACACCGGCCUCCAGGGCCCGAGGAGUUGCAGAUGUGGGGCAUGGUCCCCAAUGGCUGGCCUCCUCGGUCCAGACUGGGCACUCCAUAUGCCCUCGCUUCCUGGGGGCCUCUGAGGCUGGGUGUUCGCGAGCCUACAGCGGCCCCGAUGGACAUGCAAAGCCCUUAGAUUUUUCUGGCACUUCCACUCUAUUGCCCCCACCCCCACCCCCGGUUUGUUCCAGACCUCCGAGGAUGAAACGGCUUCUCUGGCUGCUGCGAGGCUCGUCUCCUAAGACGCUAAUGGCCGGGGAGGCUGAGCGCAGGCGGCAGGAGUAGCUGGUGCUGAACUUUCUCUCCUAGGACGUUGCUUGGAUUUGAAAUCCACAGUCACCCGCUUCCCUCCGCCUCCUCUGCGCCCCGGUCGUGCCCCGAGAGGCAGGAUUGCGGCCAAUCACAGUCCACUCGCUUCUGCGUGACGUUCUGACAGUCCGGUCGUGUCUCCUUCCCGGAACGUGCUAUGUAUGUGGGUCCCCACGGGGGAGCAGGCCUUGAUGGUUGGGCCUCCAAGGCCAGAAACAAGGCACCCGGGAGUUAGAAAGAUUUGUACACCCUUCCGAAAGGAGAGACGGGCUCACCCUCCGUCCCCGCCUGCGCUGGGACCACGUCCUCUCACUCAGCCCUGAUGCCCCCUUGGACGAGCUGCCUGGUCGUUCGGUUCUGAGGCCUGGUUUGCUCCUAACGUACGGACUCCUCAGACCUUAAACCCUUUCCUGAGCUUUCUUUACUGCACUGGAGUUCUAACUCCCUUUGAGUUGUGUGUUGGGGGGUGGGGGGAUCGUGGGUUUUGUUGUGUUUUUUUGUUUGUUUUUUUCUUUUUUUUUUGGCUAAUUGGUGCAUAUUCAGGUACCACCUUUGACGUGUGGAUCUUUCUCCUGACCACCAUGGAAAGCGCCUGCCAGAUUCCAUUUUCUAAGGGUUUCUGAGGGUGAGGCUCUUACUUUUUUUUUUUUUAAAGGGAGCCUGUCUACUUCCUGCACUUCAAGAAGAAUCAAAAUGUUCCUGAAUUUCAAAUACCUCAUGCAAAAUGUCUCCUGAAAUAAGGGAAAAAAAAAAAAAAAGAAACUUUGCAAAAUCUUAAUGUUGAAGUUAGCAAUGCCGAAAGGUUUCUGUCUUAAAAAAAAAAAAAAAAAAUCCUCGUACUUACCAAUUUUGCCCCUCAGGCAGGCAGUUCUGUCGAGAACUGGGUUCCGCGGCGGCGCAGAAGCAGCCAGAUGCGUCCCUCCCGGCGCCCCCGCGCUUCACCUCCAGGCCCUGUAGAGUUAGAGUCGCGUUUUUCUUUGCAUCGAAACUCCAUUUUGACGGAAGAUGAAUUUGGAUACUUACGUGCUUUUCUUUUUUGGGAAACGAGAGGUUACAACCAAGACAGCUGAAGGAGAACGAGACACACGCAGCCACGGACACGGAGGGCGAGGGGAGUUGGCGCGGUUGAGGAUGAAGGUGACGAAGACGUCCACGGUACCGAGGCUGUCACUAGUUUUUCUCUGAAGUGCCUGAAGGUAGGAAUGGGCCAGAGGCUGGGACCCACCGGGCCCGGCCGCGGCCACGCCAGGCAGAGCGCCAGCAGCCCCGCACUCCACGCUGGCCGCGAGGGCCUUCCACGCGGGCGACGAGACUGCGAAAUCCCAUGUGCUUCCUUCCCGGCGCGGUCCGCUCCCCGGAGCCGCUGCCCCCAGCCCGCACCCUCGCCUCCCCCACCACUGAAUCCAAGACCUUUCGGCCGCCAGCCGGGGUGGGGGUCCUAGGCGAAGGCCUUCCGCGGACAUCGGCCCGUGGCCUAAAGGGCUCCCAGGGCAAACUUGAUUCCCCCAAAACUUGAAGUCGUGGAAGCUGCGGCUACACAUUCCACAAAGUGCUGGCACUUACACCCACAACCCGGAAGGCUGCUGACCGAUUCAUGUAGGGUGGUGACCUCCCAUUAUCAAACGGUGUCAUGGUUUGGAAUGUUCAUUAUCGCCGAGGACCUGGUUAGAGGCAUAAAGACCUUUUUUCACCGUUACCUAAUGUUUUUUUUUUCCUUCUUAUGAUCUUUUUUUUUUUUUUUGGUGUGUUGUACAGCAGUAUAAUUUUUCACUUAUUUAUUCCAUCAGUAGAUAUGGUUUGUACAAUGUACAAUGGUUCCAUUUCAGAAAAUAAAAAAAAAGUUCAAAUCAUGA